AAUUCAGUUUGAAGGAGGAGGAAAAAAACCAGGAACAACCAGGAAGUCAAACAGAGGAGGAAACAUAUUUGCUCAAACUUUCCAGUCUUAAGACGGGGUUUUAAAAGCGUUUCAACUAUAGCGUCAACUUCACAGUAAGUUGAUAAAUUGGCUCGCGCUCAGGGAGCCUUCUUACCAACAAGAUGGACAUUGAUACGGAGCGAGGAGAGGCGGAGGGUUCACCAGAAUCCCAGGACAAGGUGCAGUCCUUGAGGGAUCAGGUCGACGGAGUGAAAGACAUCAUGACGCACAACGUGGAGCGGAUCCUGGCCAGAGGCGAGCGAUUGGACGACCUCAUGGAUAAAUCAGAGGACCUACAAGCAGGGGCUCAGCACUUUAAGCAGACGUCUCAGAAAGUGGCUCGCUCCUACUGGUGGAAGAACGUCAAGCUGGUCGUGGUCAUCGUCGUGGUCGUCCUCAUCAUCAUCCUCAUCAUCAUCCUGCUGGCCACCGGAGUCAUCCCUGUCAGUAGCCCCCUGCCUCCUGUAGUCACCCCCACCACAAAGCCAUAAACGGGGAAAACAUCAAGUUGUACAUACAUGAAAUAACAACAACCACCACAUUCCUACUGCACAGUAUACAAAGUAAUAUAUAGACUUGAGCAAAUCAGUAAUGUCUGGUGAAAACUUUACCUCUUAGUUUGCUUCUGCUGGUAACUUUCUUGAUGAUAUUGCUUGGGUUUAAGGCACUUUAAUGACACACAGAUGUUCCAAACACAGUUCUCUGUCGGAAUGACCAACAACGGUUACUUCCUCUGGCAAACAGGAAGUCCUUUUUAAGAUUUUUAUAUAAGCUGAAGAUAAAGAAAGUUGAUUUCGUCCUCUUUCAAGUGCACCACGCAUGACAGGUGUAAACUAUCUUUUUUUUGACAUUGGAGAAAUGUUCUUCACAGAUCUGUAAAGGUCACAACAUACUUGAUGAAGGGCUGAACUGUUUGUUGGACGCGUCUGUAUUCUGUUUGAAAUGCUUCCAGUGUUCUUUUAGUCAGACGUCCAGAGAAAGAAUGUAUACAUUGUAAUGGUUGAGUUACUGCUGCUGUUGUCUCAUCAAAAUAUUUUUAGUAGUAUGUUGAGGUUCCAAACACCAGCAGUGGCUUUGUUACAGAAUCUUGGGCCGUGGUCAGACUGCACGUAAAUACAGUUAUUUUAUUUUUUUCAAAUUUAGGCAAGUUAUGAAAAAUGGAUUUGCGUGUCCAGACAUACACGAUGUAUCUGCAUAGAUAACAACUGGUAACAACUUAUGAUUUUGUCAUCUCACCCUUCAGACAUCUCAUUGCAACAGUCUUGUCUAUUGCAGGAUAGUGUUGUCAUCAUGACCAGCUCUGUAUCGUGUUACAAGUGACGCAAAAGACAAAUAUAAAUGUGAGUUGACCAGCUGUUCAGACUAAGAAGCAGGUGGACAAAUCUCGUUUUAAUUGUAUUCUCCAAUUGCCUCUAAACAUGGUUCAAACCAGAAGAAUCCGAUUUGUGCAAACCUUCCAAACCAAUCUGGAUAAAAUCCGAAAAUGUAAAAAAUCAGAUUUAGUUACUGAGGCCAGGGUCAUACUUUCCACAUUCUGUAUCCACAGAAGCUUUUCGCGUUUCCACAUGCACGUACUUGAUCUCACACAGGGUUCCCACGGCUCCUUGAUGUCCUUGAAAGUUUGUUCAUUUGAAAAUCAAUAUCCUUGAAAGUUGGGGACAGGUGUCAUUGAAAGUGCUUGGAUUUUGUGCAAGAAAGAAGUUAAGUUUAGGUAAAUGUCUCCUUUCUUCAAAGAUCUCCGGCUCACCAACGAAAAUUACAAAGACUGACAUUAUCUCCCAUCUUAAGCUGUGUCAGCACAUUUGUGCCUUGAAUUUGAGGGAAUUCCUCCUGGAAAUCCUGGAAAGGUCCUUGAAUUUGAUUUCAACCAAGUUGUAGGGACCCUGCUCACAUGACAUUCUAGUAGAAGUCUGUCCGUGUAUUCUUUGAGUGACGGGACUGUUCAUGUGUGGUACCAGUGGACUUCCUCACCUUCCGUCUUCUUAGACAGCACCACCUACUGGACUGGAAAGUGCACAGUUAAGCGGCUCACGCAGGACUCGUCAUGUGGAUGUGGAAAGUCUGACCCAGGCCUUAGAGAUUAGAAAUGUUACUACAUCCACGACUAGUUAACAUCCUUUAGAGGAGAUUUGUACGUUCAAGCAGCUAAACCAAGAUUCUUUUUUUUUAAGUACUAAUUGUGUUCAUUUCUUUAUUUGCCCUUCUGUCACGACUGUAGAUUUAUUGCAGUUUGAAUGUAGAGCUUUGGCAGUCUUUUUAAAGGUCUGCUCUCGUGUUGGAUUAGUCAGCUGCUACAUUGCGCCCCCUGUUGGGUCCUCACAGCCACAGCAGCUUAAAACUACAACCCCCCCGCCCCUCCUGAACCACACAGUGUGUGCGUAUUGAAGAAUACAGGACAUGUGGUACAUAAAUGUCUCGUGUGUCUCUCCUCUCGUCUUUCUCUGCUCUCACCGUACUGCUUUAGUUUCAGAGAGGUCCAAGUGAUACUGUAUAUAGGCAACAUCCUAGUCUCACCUCUGUGUAUAUUAAAUAUCUGUUCCUUAGAGGGUAUUUAUUAAAAGCUUAAUAUAACUCAUGUUCAUUCUUUCUCUUUUUAAUCAUCAAGAUAGGCGGAUUAAAGCUGUGUGGGAUUUUUUUUUUGACUGAUUCAUUUAACAGAAGGCACAGCUUGAUUACUCUGUUGCUGCUUAAUCAUUGUAUGUAAAUGAGGCUGUUUAAGAACAAAGUCCUCAUUGUUUUCUUUUGGUUUUUUUAAUUGAUAACUUUCCAAAUCUCACUGCCAUUUAAUGCCUUCUCACUGGCCUGAUCAAUGCAGUGUGAGGCCAGUGUCUUUUUUUUUUUUUUUUUUUUUUUUACAAUGUCGAUGUUCACCAAUGACCUGCUGUGCUUUAUGGUUUUAAUGGUCUAAUAUGGAAUAAAUAGUAUUUACUCAG